GCGCGCGCAGAUGGCCGGUCGCUGUCGGCGCGUGACAGAUGGAGCAGCUUUGAGCAGGAGGGAGUGCGGCCAAGAUUUCUGCGGGAAAACGCGAAGAAAUUCGGGAUUUUUCAUCGGCGAUGAGAGGCGAACAGGUUGAAGGUGGAGAAAACUCGACGAACUCGGCCAGUCAAGGGGACACCGGUCAUGUUGUGGGUCUGCUAACAACUCAGACUGCAGAGCUUCAGGACCCUGCAAAACCACAAGAGUCAGGAUCAUCUGGAGAAACCUGGGAGGGCCAGAAAGAUGAGCUGCAGACCGCCAUUGAACUCAGCCUGCAGGAGGCCCACAAAGUCGAGGAAGAAGAGAGGGAAUUCCACAGGGCUCUGGAGGCCAGCGUAGAGGAAAACGCAGCAAGAAUGAAGAGGAAGAGAUGUGAAGUCCAGAAUGAAAUGUGCAGCCCUGCAGACUGGAUCCGUCAGGACGAAUGGCCUGUGGGGAUUCGCAAUGUAGGAAAUACCUGCUGGUUUAGUGCAGUCAUCCAGUCGUUGUUCCACCUGCCUGUGUUCAGAAGACUGGUUCUCAACUACCAUCUGUCAGAGCGAGUACUGGAGAAGUGUAAGAGCCAUGCAGACAAGAGGAACAUAUCCUUCAUGCAGGAGCUACGCUGCCUGUUCGCCCUCAUGGUGGGCUCCACCCGCAGGUUCGUUGAUCCCUCUGCAGCGGUGGAGUUACUGCGGGACGCCUUCCGGACAAGUGAGGCUCAACAGGAUGUCAGUGAGUUUUCCCAUAAGCUGCUUGACUGGUUAGAGGAUGCAUUUCAGCUGGCUGCCAAUGGAAAGAGCGCAGAAGACAAGCAACAGAACCCCAUGGUUCAGCUUUUCUACGGCACCUUUGUGACAGAGAGGAGACAUGAAGGUAAGAUAUUGUAUAACAUUGAGCAGUUUGGCCAAUACCCCCUGCAAGUCAACGGCUUCAACAACUUGGAUGAAUGCCUCGAAGGUGCAAUGGUUGAGAAAGAAAUCGAGUCGCUGCACUCAGAUCAGGGUGUCACAUCUGGACGAGAGAGAUGGUUUAAAAAGCUACCUCCGGUCUUGACCUUUGAACUCUCUAGAUUUGAAUUCAACACCCAGCUCGGACGUCCUGAGAAGAUACACAAGAAGUUAGAGUUUCCACAAGUCGUAUAUAUGGACAGAUAUCUUCACAAAAACAUUGAGCGGACCAAUGAGAGACGAGGAGAAGUAAAAAAGCUCAAGGAGCAGCUUGCAGUCCUUCAACAGAAACUUGAGUGUUAUAAAAACUUUGGCUCAGGUCCUAUGAAGUAUCCUCUAGCAGACAUGCUCCAGUUUGUUCUGGAGUUUGCAACCACAAAACCCACCAGCGUUUCCCCAGCUGAAGAUCUGAGACUGGCCUCGUCUUCACCGACUCCUGCAAGCCUCCCCGUCAGUGAAGCCAUCGCCAAAGACGGCAGUGAACCUGGAGAAGCAGAUUCCUCAGAGGGCCUGGUUUCUACCUGCCAGCGGACACCCAUUUACAAGCCUUUCACCCAGUGCAGACACCCCUCGGACUGCCCCCCACACCCAGCUCCUCACAGCGUCACAGAAGAAGAGUUGCACUUUGUUAAAACCUGCCUACAGCGCUGGAGGACCGAAGUAGAGCACGACAUAAACGAACUAAAAGCCAGCAUCGACAAGCUAAAUCAAACACUCGAGGGCAUUUACUCAGACAACAGUCUCUGCCAGGUGCCCUACAGACUCCACGCAGUACUUGUUCAUGAAGGCCAGGCGUCAGCUGGUCAUUACUGGGCCUAUAUCUACGACCACGCUAACCAGCGCUGGAUGAAGUACAAUGACGUCAUCAUAACUGAGUCAUCGUGGGACGAGCUUGAACGAGACUCGUUCGGAGGCAUGACCAACGCCAGUGCAUACUGCCUGAUGUAUAUUGAUGACAGACUACCCCAGCUGAUCACAGAGGACACAGAUGAUGAGACAGGCCAGGUGCUCCACGGCAUGGAUUCUCUGCCGCCCGUCCUCAGGCGCUACGUCCAAGAAGAUAACCGCUGGUUCCAGCAGGAGCUCAGCGAAUGGGAGGAACAGUUCUGCCAGACUGCAACCCCACAGGAAGAGUCCACAACCACCGCAGAACCUCCGAGCUUCAGUUUACAGCAAACACCUGUCGAGCCAGCGCCCCAGUCAGGACUCGCCACUGAAGAACUGGACCAAGGAGCUGCUUUAGAGCCACAACUAGUUACUGAAGAGGAAAAGGACAAUGAUGACGAUGUCCGAGAGAUAGCUGAAGCAGAAAGUCCAGAGAUUUUGCCACAACCUGAGAGUCCUGGCUGCCAAACAGACGCCAACAACACUCCAGCUGUCACUGACACUCUGGGAACGAGUCUGAGUUCAGACUCGGUUGAUCUGCAGAGUCAGACCCCAGUCCAGGAUGCGGAUCUGAGUAGUCAGACACCACCUGAACACGGUGAACAGAGGGAUGUGGCAGAACUCAGCUCUGAAACUAAAGAACAUGAAGCUUCCGGAGGAGCUCCUGAACUUGGAGCAGAGCAGGGAGCUGAGGAGCAGCAGCAGGAGGCUUCGACUAGACAGCGACAGGUGGAGAACGAGGUUUCCGAGGUGGAGAUUCCCAAUGUGGGCAGGAUCACGGUGAGGGCUGAUGCUGAUGGAUACAAUGAAGAGAUGAUGCUCACUCCAGCCAUGCAAGGCGUCAUCCUCGCCAUAGCCAAGGCCAGGCAAACAUUUGACAAAGAAGGCCCUGAGGCUGGCCUCAUCAAGGCCUUCCAUGAGGAGUAUUCCCGCUUGUAUGAGCUCUCGCAGGAGGAGAACACCCCCCAGGAGGAUGCCCGUCUGCAGCACGCUCUGGUUUACUUCUUUCAAAACAAGGCGCCCAAACGUGUCAUUGAGAGGACGCUUCUGGAGCAGUUUACAGACCGCAACCUGAGCUUUGACGAAAGGGCCAUCAGUAUAAUGAGAGAAGCCCGGUCCAAGCUUCGUCUCAUUAAGCCAGAGGACAUGGACAUGGAUGAAUACAUGGAGUGGCACGAUGACUACAGGCUGUUCAGGACGGUGUUUGUCCAUCUGCUGACUGGACUGGAGCACUACCAGCAUGGAAAGAUGCAAGAAGCCUUGAACUACUUGGCUCAUGCAUACGAGACCAACGCCGCCCUGCUGAAGAAGGGGGACAAACGUGGUGUGGACAAGUCUCUCAUUGCAGUUUACAGGAGGAAAUGUCUCACUGCUUUGAACGAGAGCGCAUCCUGCCUGUUUUGCAGCGGUGACGAGAGCAAAGUGGAAGAGGGCGUCACCAUCAUGGAUGAGGUCGUUAUCCCGUGUCUUCACCUGAUCAGCCGGGACUCAGCGUUAUCUCAGGAGGACCGGGACGCUAUGGAGAGCAUCCGCAGCCACUGGUGCUGCUGCCUGGGCCAGGACAUGGAUGAUGCACUGCAGGUAAAGCUGGGUGAGUUGCUUCCCAGGGUUCUGGACGGUUCCACCGGCAGAGUGGUGCUUAAAGAUCCACCACAAGUCCAUGUCAACCAGGCGCACGACCUGUGCAGCCGCCUGGCUGCUGUCAUGGAAUCCCUUCACAACACCACAGUUGUAGCUGUGAAGUAACAACGUAAAGGAAACCCACAGCAGUGAGCUGGACUGGUGCAUCAUCACUGCCAGCAGCCUGCCUGCUGGAUCCUUCUGUACCAUUGGACUUAUGGAUUGACACAGUACUUAGUUUCUAAUGUCUGCUGGCUUGGCAUUGCACAUGCAAACAAAUUUGAUGCGUUAACAUUUGCUGGUGUGAUUGGAUAAGAGAUCAGACACAAAUACGUGCUCAUCAGGACAAAUAUAUAUGAAAAUCUGCAGAAAACGAUUCAGUCGCAUCGUCUCUGCCUGUUCGUUUAACAUAAGCAACCUCUAUUCAUCACAAAAAGAAAAUACUAACUGUACUUUUAAGUCCAAAAUAAAGCAACAGAAGCCUAAAAUGUCCUGAUGCAUGCUCAGAGGACCUCUGGACAGAU